AUGGCGGCAGCGAAGCGGAGCGUCCUCUCCUCGUUGGCGGUUUAUGCCGAGGAUUCGGACCCGGAAUCGGACAGCGAGGCCGGGACGGCGGGAAGCGAAGGGGGAGCGGCCACGGAGAAAGGAGGUCUGGUCUCGGUUGGGUACGGAGACGACGACUUCACCCGCCUGGAUGGGGACGAGGACGGAUAUGAAGAAGAGGAUGAUGAGAACAGCAGGCAGUCAGAAGAUGACGAUUCAGAGACUGAAAAACCUGAGGCUGGUGACCUAAAGGAAUUCUCAGAACUGGAGAAAAGAGAUCCUCAGGAGCUAGUUGCUUCUUUUUCAGAGAGAGUGCGGAACAUGUCUCCAGAUGAGAUCAAAAUCCCUCCUGAGCCUCCUGGCAGAUGUUCUAACCACUUGCAGGAUAAAAUUCAAAAGCUAUAUGAGAGGAAAAUAAAAGAGGGCAUGGAUAUGAACUACAUCAUUCAGAGAAAAAAGGAGUUCCGCAACCCCAGCAUCUAUGAAAAGCUGAUCCAGUUUUGUUCAAUUGAUGAACUCGGUACAAAUUAUCCAAAGGACAUGUUUGAUCCUCAUGGCUGGUCAGAGGAUUCAUAUUAUGAGGCACUAGCUAAAGCCCAGAAGAUUGAAAUGGACAAACUAGAGAAGGCCAAGAAGGAACGCACAAAGAUUGAGUUUGUGACUGGCACUAAAAAGGGUACAACAACAAGCGCUGCCUCUACAACAACCACAACAGCCAGUACCACUGUGGGAGAUGCCCAGAAGAGGAAGAGCAAGUGGGACUCGGCCAUCCCUGUAACGACAAUAGCUCAGCCCACCAUCCUCACCACUACUGCAACACUGCCAGGCGUUGUCACAGUGACAACCAGCGCAAGUGGAUCCAAAACUACAGUCAUAUCAGCUGUUGGCACCAUUGUGAAAAAGGCAAAGCAGUGACUUAUGUGCUGGGCUUGGAUUUUUGGACUUGUCAUUGAAGCCAUUGUUCUCGGAAGGGAGGGGUAGCUUUCACCUUUGGUAAAAGAUGACAAGAUUCUUUGAAACAGACCACAGUUCCCUUUUGAAAGAAUGGGGGCAGGAGCAGGCAUGCCAGUUGUGUGCCCACAGGAAUGGACCUCUGCCGAAAAUGCCUCUGUCUUUUCUUGCUGUGGGAAGAACCAGUCUGUGUGUGUCGUGCUGGAGGAGGGCAGUAUCUGGAGUCAGCUUGUAAAAGUUAGCUUAUUAAAUUACUGCGUUAGGUUCUUCUUUCCUACUUGCAAGUCUGG